CUCACUAGAGUGAUAGAGACAGAGUGUUUGUGGCUUAAGCGCCAGCGCAAAGCUCUAGCCGUUGGCUGAAAGCGCUUGUUCGAACGCGACAAUCGCAGAGUUCAGGUCGACGGCGGUUCGUGCGUGUCAAACUGUUGAGUGCACCAGUGUUGUUCGUGGUGAUGUGUGUAUUUCAGUAUCAUGUCAGGCGUUUGUCUCAUCUAAUGAACAACUCAAUUGUUCUUUAUUAUUUUAUGUAGUUUCCUACUUUGUUCUCCAUUUCCAUCACCUCUCUGAUGCUCUUUGGAAAAAAUAAUAUAAUUUUUAGGCUGAUGAGCUUUAAAUAAACUUGACAGUUGCUUUAUUGAAGCUUAUUUUAUUCAAUCUGGUGACAUGUGCGUGGGUUUACGGAUGUACAUAUGAGAAAAUAAGGACUCGAUCGAGGAAAAGGAUAAAAUCCCAAGAGAACAAAAGGUUAUAUACUGUGGUUUAAAGUGAAAACAAGUUUACAUGUCAAAGUGAGAUCAAGAGAGAGAGAGAGAGAGAGAGAGAGCUUUACAUUCAGAAUCUCUUUUCCCGUCGCUAUCCUUUCGUAUUUUGCAUUUUCCUCGCGUGCAUCGUCUCUUCUUGGUACGUGACCUCCUAAUGCUAAUUUUCAUCUCGUGCGGUCGUUUCACAGCUGGAUGCUGAUUUUAGCAAGACGAAAUGACAACUGACAAAUCACCAUCUACACGCUCCGAUGACAUUGAAUCAAAUUCUGGUGGGGUUUAGAGAAGGGUGAAUAUGCAUUCAGUGAUAAAUGAAGAUUUAAUUAAAUCAAGUUGCAUUGAAACACUGAUAAUAACAUCGUAGAGCAGUUAAUUAAUUUAAAGAAAUAAACAUAAAGAAAAUUUGAUGAAUGAUAAGAAAAACGAUAUAAUCUUAUUACAUACACUGCAAACUUUGAAUGAGUGUAAAUGUCGCGAGUGUCAGUGAUAAAAUAAAUAAACAAAAAAAAAUGACGGAUGUAAGAGUUUCACUGUGAUUUUUCUAAGAAAUCAACGAAGCGUUCACGCGUUUCAGGCGUCUAACUCGAAACGCGUUAUUGGUAUUCGCUGGAGAGUGCAGUAAAGAAGAAGAAGAAGAAGAAGAAGAAGAAGAAGAAGGAGGAGGAGGAGGAGAAAAAAAGGGGUAUAAUAUAGGGGUAAAAAAAUUAAGAAGAAACACAAGAAAAGCAUAAGAAGCCAAAGGGGAGAGAAAAAGGUACUAAAAGCGGCUAAAGAAAGAAGGAAAAGCCGCGAAAAACAUGACGCCACGAAAGUACGUAACUUAUGGGUUCGCAUAAAUAACGGCGUUGAGCUCGUAUAACGCCGAGGAUCGAUGUUGGUUUAGGUUCGUUCACUUUGGUGAGUCCGUUUAUCCUGAACAACAGCGGAAAGAAUACACCAGAACACCCCCAGUGAUAUAAAGUAGAAAAAGAAAAGGCUCAAGACAGAGAAAUAAUAACAAAAGGCAUACCAAACUCCACAGAAACGAAUAAACGAGAGGAGACGACCGGAAAAUAAUAAAAAUAAAGAGCAAGAGUUAUAAGAAUAAAGAAGGAAAAGCCUAAACUUUGCCGACAUGGGACUGUUGAUGUUGCUGGCUGCUGCAGCCAUCUUCUUGGGCUUUUGCCAGACGGAUGAAAAAGUAUCAUUUUAUGGCUCGAGUUACAUUCAUUUUCCGGUGCAAGAAGCAAAAGGAAGCACUGACAUAAGUUUUCGUUUUCGAACACAUCUCUCUGAUGCAAUCCUAUUAUUGGCAGCUGGAAAAACUGACUACUGUUUGAUCAAGCUUGAAGCUGGAAGACUAAAGGUCCACAUAAACUUGGGUGCUGGUGAAAGUGAGAUUGCAAGUCCGAAAGGACUGACGUUAAAUGAUCUCAGUUGGCAUGAAAUCCAUUUGAUACGUCGUGAGGCAAAUAUGACUUUACAAAUCGAUGUUAUUCACACCACACGAACUUUGCUGCCUGGAAGAUUUUUCGUCUUGAAUGUACUUUACGGUGUCUACAUAGGAGGACAAGGCGAUUUCAACAAGCUAUUUCUAGGUCACACUGAAUAUAUGAGAGGCUGUAUGGCAGACAUUAUUUAUAACGGAGCAAAUGUAAUAGAAUAUACAAAGUCACGGCGAAACAACUCAGAAGCUAUUGCAGUUACGUGGGGAUGUUCAUCAGUAUUUGAUGCAACGAGAAGAGAUGAAAUAAGUUUCCUCGAAGAAGGUGCUUUUUUAUCGAUUCCAAAGGCAAUAUCACGCUCAGGAUCAAGAUGGGAAUUGGAGUUGAAAACGACCUCAGGGAUGGGACUGCUGCUGUACAACGCAGGACAGGCGUCUCAUGCUGAUUAUUUGGGCAUUGAGUUGCAAGAGGGCAAAGUAAGACUACUAAUGAACAAAGGAAAUGGCGCGACAGAGUUGAUUCACUCGACGAGUGUGAAUGAUGGGAAAUGGCAUAAAGUCGUAAUUGACUUCAGGCCGAGUAUGAUUGGUAUCAGUAUCGAUAAGCAGGUUGAGCAUCAGAAUUUAACAGCGGGCGGAAAUCGAUACUUGGACUUGGCUGAAACUCUGUAUAUCGGAGGUACUGAACUCAAUAAACGUGCACGAGCAAUCGGCAAAGGCAUUAAAUCCGGCGAUAGGAGCUACAAGGGAUGUCUGAGAAACAUGAUGCUAGAUUCAACAGAGAUCGGCUUGCCUGACGUCAAAAUCAGCCAAGGAAUCGUCGUUGGAUGUAUAUGGUUUUAUCCAUGCCUUGAAAAGCAACCAUGUAUUGAAUCUGCAACGUGUUCUCAGCUUGGUGUCGACGCGUUUGAGUGCACCUGUGAGCAACCCCAUUGCGUCACGACCAAUUACGUCGAGAACUCUAGCGAAAAUGGAAGUUUAGCUCUGGAUUUGGAAAUCGUAACAGUGAAGUCUAUUGUGGUAGCAGAAGGUGAACAUGCACCCAUUACCACCAACAAUAUAGCAAUGGUCCUGGACAUUGCCAAGUACGGUGUAAAUAAGGACGGAACAAUUUUCAGCCUUGCCAUUCCACCAGAACAUGGUAGACUUGCUCUGGAUUCAAUCUCAACCUCUACUCAGUCAUUUACGCUACACGACAUUUACAAAAAAAAGGUACACUAUGUUCAUGAUGGCAGUGAAAACCCAGAGGAUUCCAUGAUAUUGGAGUUAAAACUGACGGCUGGAAUUGGCUUCACGCUUCCUGGUUAUCUACAGAGCCGUCUGAGAUUUCCCCUCCAUGUCAAUAUUACACCAGUGAAUGACCCACCACAUCUAGAAAUACCUACCACCAAGGUCCUAAGGCUAGCCCAAGGAACACGGAAAACUUUAAACAAAGAGCUGGUGUGGGCAGUGGAUCCUGAUACACCCGCAGAUAUGCUUGUAUAUACUAUUUUACGCACUGACAUUGAUGCUGGUCACGUUGAAAAAGUUAAUCAAUCAUCUAGUCCCGUAGAGACUUUCACCCAAGCUGAAUUGGCACAGGGUCUCAUUUCCUACGUUCAUCAUGGAAAUACUAAAUCGAAUGCAAUGUUGGGAAUUCAAGUGAGUGACGGGAUAGCAACGAGUAAGCCAUCCUCACUGAGAAUAUCAGCUUACCCGUUACAGAUAAAGUUGAAGCAUAACACUGGUUUAGUAGUAGUACAUCAAUCGUUUUCGUAUUUAACUUCGGCAAAUUUAUCUUUUGCUACUAACUCUGAUGAUACGAGUAUUGAAAUACUAUACAGCAUCAUAGUACCGCCUCAGUAUGGUGUUAUCCAAAGGCUUAAAGAGCCAACUAGUUACUGGAGUAAUGCGAAUAAUUUCACAAACAAGGAAAUUGAAUUGGGUUUUAUCAGAUAUCUCCACACUACAGGAAGUCCAAGCCAAGAUGUCUUUAAAUUUCAAGCAAGCGUGAAAGAACUCAAGACACAGCAAACUUUUGAUUUCAAAAUUUCUUUUAUUGACAUGGAGUUAAAGGAAGUUAUGAAAACUCCUAUACAUUUUACUAAUACUAAUGAAAUCAAUUUAACGAAUGUCAAUUUAAAGUAUCAAACGAAUCCAUUAAUUACGCCAUCAUCAAAAAUUGAAUUCACAAUUUUAACAUCUACUAAGUAUGGUAAUGUAAUUCUAGGAGUACGUGAAUUACUAAAAGGUGAUAAAUUUACCCAAGAAGACAUUGAUAUGGGUAAAUUGAAAUAUCGAUUAUUCAAGAAAGCAUAUUCGUCGAUUCAAGAUGAAAUUUUAUUCCAAGUGAGCGCACCACAAUGUCAACCCUUGAGUUCAAGCCUCUCAAUUAAGUAUUCCAUUGACGCAAGUUUAAAGGUACUAGAAACGUUGGAGACUUUAAAUUUAAUGGAAGGAUCACAAGUAGCUUUAAGUAUUACUCGAAUGAAUCCAAAGGAGUACAAAGUGAGCGGACUCGAAUAUAAUAUUACUGAAGCACCACGUCACGGAUGGUUGUCUGUUCAGUGUCUUUCAAACCAGACAGCAAGAUCCAACGUAACUUCAUUUACUUCAGAAGAACUUCUAAGUCAAUCGGUUUACUAUGUUCACGAUGACUCUGAAACGACUCAUGACUCGUUUCGAUACGUUGCUGUAUCAACUGACAAUACAGACUUCAUGUAUGCUGGUGAAUUUCGAUUUCAAAUAAGCUUAAUUAAUGAUAAUCCUCCUGAACGAUCUACCAGUGGAAUUUUCAACGUGGUUAUUAAUGGAAAACGUUUGAUAAUGAGCCGAGAUCUUAAUUACAUCGAUAAAGAUACCGGAACUCGUGCUAGUGAUCUUAGGUACACUGUAAGAAAUAUCUCAAAUGGAGAAAUAUACUCAGUAGAAGAGCCAGCUGUUCGUCUUGAAGAAUUUACCCAGCAGAGCAUUAAUGAUCGUCGUAUUUUAUUCAAACAUCACGGAUCGGAACUUGGAAGUUUUGAUUUCGACAUCAGUGACGGUAAUUCACGAAUUCCUGGAAGUCUAAAGAUUCGAGCAAGUCAUCCUUAUGUACGUUUUUUAGAGACUAAUGCAACGAUCGUUCAAUUCAAUGGCACAGUUACUUUUAGUACAAAAGACUUAGAUAUAACUACUAAUGUUGACAUCAACGACAAAGAGAUAAAGUUUUUUAUUAUCAAUAGAUCAAAACAUGGAGUUAUAUUGAAAAAUUCUCGAGAAAUAAAUACCUUUGAUCGAGAUGAACUUUUACAUAAUUUAGUGUCUUAUCGGCAUCUAGGUGGAUCAAUGACUAAAGAUGAAUUCCGAGUAAGAGUAACAGUGGGUGAAGUAUCAGCUGAAACUCGGGUAAUUAUAAAAGUAUACGCAAAGAGCUACUGGGAACCAUUGAUUGUAGAAAAUAAUCGAGUUAUCUUGGUAGAAGAGGGUACUAGUGUGCCAGUAAGUAAAAGGAACUUGGAGAUUGGUCAUCCAAAAAUACCUCCCGCAGAGAUAACUUACUUGAUACGUGAGUGGCCACGAAAUGGUUACCUUGAGAUACAAACAACUAGUGAUGGGCACAGCGAAGAAGCGAAGGAGGACUAUGAGGCGAAUCUUGUCAGGCACUUUGAUCAGAGUGUAAUUAACGAGGGUCGUGUUUACUACGUGCAGUCAGUUGCUAAUCAAACAGAAGACAGUUUCGUUGUUGAUGUCACAAAUGGAAUAACGUGGAUGCGAGGACUUGUAAUUGAUUUCCUAAUAGUCCCUGACAAGCUUUACGUAAAAGUUGAUAAUAUAACCGUUGUAGAGGGUAAAAGUGUACCCCUUGAGUCAUCCAACUUCCAUGUUAUUACAACUUAUUUUAUUGGUAAAUUAACCAACUAUCAGAUUACAAAUAAACCCAAACAUGGUAUGAUAAUGGAUUCAAUUAAGAAUAAUCAAACGAAAAAGUUUUCACAAAAACAGUUAGAUGCUGGAAUUAUUUUUUAUAAACACAACGGAGAUGAAUUCACUUCUGAUUACUUUCGAAUAGUUAUUAUUGCCGGAGAUAAAUCUAGUCAGCCAGUGGAUGUAUGGAUAAACGUUCAACCGGUCAAUGAUCAAAUUCCUAUACUUGUAAAUCAAUCAACAAUAAAAUUAUGGCAAGGUGGAAGUGUAAUUUUAACUUCUACCAAUCUUUUAGCUGUAGACAAUGAUACUAUAUCAUCAGAAAUUAUUUACAACAUUACCAGCAUAAAAAAUGUAUACUUUUCUCUCCGAACAUUUCCUACUAUUGAUAUUUACAAUUUUACACAAGAACAAAUAAAUCAAUCAAUGGUUUUACUAACACACACCAAUGAUUCGCAAGCUGGCUUUACGUUUGUAUUAUUUGACGGUGUUCAUAUAACUCAUCCAUACAAUGUUACAAUAGAAACUGUUCCAGUUGAACUAUUGAUUAAAAGAAAUGAUGGUUUGAAUAUUUUUCCAUUGACGAGGAAACCUAUUACUGAAAAUCUGCUACUGACAUUGUGCUCUGAUCCUGAACGGGAAAUUAAGUAUAUCGUACGUCAAUCUUCCAAGCUCGGAAAGAUAAUUAUGGAAACGAGCGAGGGAACUUGGUUAGAAGUUGACAGAUUUACGCAAAAAGACCUCAAUGAAAGUAAAGUGACGUAUGAACAUACAAAGCAAUUCAUGGAUUUAUCAACUAAUGAUUCCUUUGUAUUUGAUGUGGAAACAUCUUUUGCAAAAGUGAUCAAAAAUCAGAUCUUCCAAAUAGAUGUUUCUGUAUCAAGUGGUGGCCUAGGCAGAUAUAUUACUGUAAAGCCUGUCCAAGUGAAAGAGGGAGAGUCAGCUCGAAUAUCCAUGAAUAUCAGUGAAAUAAUCGAAUAUCUACGAACAAAAACAGGAAUAGAAAAUCCUCAAGUUAUAUCAAAACUAACAAAUCAACCAACUCACGGGCACGUUAUGCUCCUUCCUGAUUUGAACAUUACAACUUUUACUCAAUCCCAAAUCGAAGGAUCAAAAGUCGCAUACUACCACGAUCACUCCGAUAGCUUGGAAGAUCAAAUUCAGUUUUCUCUUUACCUCACGCCCGGUUACGUGAUGCUGUGCAAUGCUACAAUUCCAGUUAUUAUUUUACCAGUGAAUGAUCAACCAUUCAAACUGGAAACAGAAAGUCCGCUUAUUACAGUAGUUCAGAAUCAAACUCAAACAAUAACGCGAGAGAAUUUAUUGACAACAGAUCCGGACACUAAACCAGAAGAGCUUGUGUACGGUGUGAUAAGUGGACCAUCAGCUGGCAGAUUACUACUUUUUUCUUUUGAACAAAAUUCUUCUGAAGUAAAACAAGUAAAUGAAUUUACUCAACAAGACGUGAAUUCAAAUCGAUUAGUCUACGAACACAGUGGAUCAUCGCCAUCUGCUUCAUUCUACUUUCGAGUUUCCGACGGUGGGUUCAGUCCAGUAUACAAAGUAUUUAAUAUUCACGUACAACCAAUUAAAUUAAAUGUGACAACAAGCCCAAUCACUCUCCAACAGGGUUCAAAUAUGGGUAUAGUAACAGAGAAGAAUGUCAAAUUGGACACUAAUGCUAGACAAGAACGUGUCACUUAUAAUAUUAUAGUAUCACCAAAGUAUGGGAUGCUUUAUGUAAAAGAUGAAGUAGCUGUGACGUUUAAACAUCCAGACCUCUUGUCUAAAAGUGUCGUCUAUAUUCAGACGGACAUGAGUGCUUCUAAUGACAGUUUUAUUAUUUCAGCACGACUAAGUGAUUACGAAGUGCGUGGGAUUAAAAUAGAUAUCAAAGUCAUUCCUCUGGUGAUAAUUAAACAAAUGCCAGCACAUGCUGGUGAUAAAAAUCAAAUAACAUUAGACUUUUUGGAUGCAACGCCUUUAGCUGAAGCUUCUAAUGAUAAUCCAAUUUAUCGUGUAACAGGUAAAUCUCGGUAUUGCAAAUUGAAACGGAUUAUAAGAAAUUCUGGAGACAAAAAAAGCAGUCGAGAACGAGAAAUAUCAAGAUUUAGCCAUCGAGAUAUUAUUCUUGGAGUAAUUUAUGUCGUUUGUCGUAGACUGCCUGCGACAAAUGCUGAAGGUCUUCCAGACAGUUUUCAAUUCACACUUACAGUGCCAGCAUAUCAACCUGCUGAUGGAGUAUUUGAAAUAAGAAUAAAAUCCGAUCCAGAAGUAAAUAAUAGCACACUAGGUGGACCUAUGGAUCCAGUAGGACAUGAAGGAGAAAUGGCAAUUGCUCCUAGCGUUAAUUAUGAUUAUAUUCUUAUUUUAGGAAUGUUACUAGGUGUCUUUGUACUAGGAGUACUUGUAAUUAUUACGAUUCGUUGUAGACAUAAACGAUAUAAAAGCACUCAAGAGACAAAAACAACAGAUACAACACCAACUAUUGGUGUUAUUCCUCUUCCAAGACCUCCAGAUCAUUUGAUGCCAAGCACGCCUCACCUUAAACGUUUUGGCAAUGAUCACCUUGACAUAACUUCUUCCACACCUCUUCCAACAAUCACUACACUCCCUCAAUGUAAAGUCACACCUUUAAAUCCAUUAGACAGUGCUGCCAGUUCAGACGCAGACGUUUCUGCGAGAUAUCCUUAUGGAGUUCCUGAUGCUGAUGAUUGGAGUAGUUUUGAUACGUCAGAAAUACCUUGUCAACCUGCUACCACAGUUCGAAGAACUAAUCCUUUGCUCAGAAGAAAUCAAUAUUGGGUCUAGCAUUCAAUGUAUGGCUUGCAUACUGAUUACUCAGUACAGCAGCCAGGAUAAUAAUUUAUUUUCAUUACACAAACAUAAAAGACUGUACUGAUUAGAACGGCUUCACAGCGUUCGCAUCCGUUAAUUGUUUUUUAGACUAUACGUUUGAUACCGCACACCAUCUCAAUUAAUUCCGUUCAAGGGAGAAACCUAAUCAAUCAAUCAAUUGCCUACAGAGUUCCUCGAUAAUUAGCAAGAAGAAAGAAAUGAUACUUCUACAAUUUAUUCUCGGCCUAAAAAUCAUUUGUUUAUAUAUUAAUAUAUAAAAAUAUAUAUACAUACUUAUAUAUCUAAGUAUUAAUUUUUUUAUAUUUAUUUUUUACUCAUUUUCGAGAGCAGAUUGUCAAAUGUUGAUUGUAAUAAAUGGAUUGUUUUAUCAUGUGAUUGAUACACACCAUAAAAAAGUGCUAGUAUGUGUACAGCGAUAAUUUUAUUAUUCGACAUCGAAAUCUUUUAAUUUUAUAUUUACUGUAUACAAUAACGAUUAGAUAAUUAAGUAAUUGUCUAUGUUUGCACAUUAAUAAGUCUUUAAAAAUUUUUAUUAUUAAGAGAAUAUAAAAAUUUUAUGUAUAAAUAAUAAUACUUAUAUUCGUGAUGACAACGAAUCGAAAUAUGAAAGAUUCAAAAAUCGUUACGAAAAAAUUAAGUUUGUUCUUAAGUGAUAAAUAAAUUAAAAAUAAACUGCGCCUAAGUGUAUGUUGUGUGCAGAGAAUGUCUGCCUAUGUUAAGUGGCGUAUUAAUGUAGAAAUAAAUCUAAUAUACGCGUGUUUCAGUAUUAAAAUAUUUGAAAUAAAUUUAUGGAUGUUGAAUGGUGAAUGCCGCGCUCGUUGGUUUUUACAAAAAAAAAAAAAAAAAA